AUGAACAUAGAAUAUUUUGAGGAGAAUGAUAUUAACAAGCUUGUUGAUAAUAUUAGCAUAAAUUACAAAGAAUGCAAUAAAUAUGAUGAAUAUAUUGAAGAUGAAUUGGAAAGUGAAUUAGAAAAUGAAGAAAAUGUAAUAAAUACCAAAGUCUUGGGAAAGGAUAAUGUAAAAAAAGAGCAAGUUAAAAACCCUAUAGACAAUAUAAAAAAUGCUAUUUUUCAAAAAAAAGUUGAAAAUAAAUAUGCUACUAAAAAUGUUAACAAUUUAAAAUUGAAAUCUUAUCACAACAAAAAUCUGUUUACUAAUAUAAAUGUGACGAAAAAACGAAUAAAAGAAAGCAGUGAUGAGUUCAGUGAUAACGAUAGAUUAGUUUCAAUAAAAAAAAUAUCGAAUAUAAAGAAAAAAAAAAUGGGAAAAAAAUAG